AUGGGAUACUGGGAAGUCAUUCGUGGUUGUGAGGAUGGUGAGGCCUUGGCACAGGUUGUCCAGUGAGGCUGUAGCUGCCUCAUCCCUGUGAAUGUUCAAGGCCAGGCCAGGUUGGACAGGGCUUGGAGCAACCUGGGAUAGUGGAAGGUGUCCCUGCCCAUAGCAGGGUGGAACUGGAUGGUCUUUAGGGUCCCUCCCAACGCAAACCAUUCUGUGAUGAAAAGAAAGUUACAAAUGGACACAGGUCUGUAGGAAACCCCCUCACUGGUUUCACAACUCACAACACAGGCUUUCAGCUUGCCAGUGCAUCUGCUCAGUCAGAAAACCAGCACUUAGUCUGGAGCCCAUAAAUACUGGAAUUAAAUAACCAUUGAGGCUUACGGUGGACCAGCUCCACAUCAUUAGUCCCACACCACAGUUCUCAUGUGUGAGGAUACAGAUUUGGUGUUUGAAGGAGCCCGUGGUGGAUGGAGGGUAUGGGAGCACAGGAAGCCCACAUGCAGGUGUGUGAUAAUGCCUGUCUUUCCUCAUACAUUGUCCAACUCAGUGAAUAACAACAUUAAAUUUUGGCCUUAUUUUCCACAAAAUGCCACUGCACUGAAAAUGGGAAUGUGAACUACAGAGUGCUACCAAGUGCAGAGAGCAUCUCACAUGGAUUUUGUGAGUAUAAAAAGUGCAAGUGAAUUCUAAUUUAGAAGCCAAAAUGGAGGUCUUAAUGCCUGAACCUCAGAUUUACGUGGAAAGAACUCUGGCUAUCAUCAAACCAGACAUCAUUGAUAAAGAAGAAGAAAUAGAGGAUCUCAUUCUACAAUCAGGAUUCCAUAUCAUUCAGAAACGGAAGCUCCAAUUAAGCCCUGAGCAAUGUAGCAACUUCUACGCAGAACAAUUUGGAAAAGUGUUUUUUCCUAAUUUAACAGCCUAUAUGAGUUCUGGUCCUAUAGUUGCUAUGGUACUUGCUAGAAAUUGUGCAGUCUCAUACUGGAAGGAAUUGCUUGGACCAACCAACAGCCUAAGAGCUAGGAUAACUCACCCUCACAGCUUAAGAGCACUCUAUGGGACUGAUGAGCUGAGGAAUGGACUCCAUGGCAGUCUCAACAUCUCCUCAGCAGAGAAAGAAAUUCGAUUCAUAUUUCCAGAAGCAAUCUUGGAGCCAGUUCCCACUGGACAAAGAGCUCGGGAUUACCUGAACCUGUAUGUGAAGCCCACGCUGCUGGCAGGACUCACUGCCCUGUGCAAAGAGAAGCCAGCAGACCCCAUGAUUUGGCUUGCUGACUGGCUGGUUGAACACAAUCCUAAUAAACCUAAACUACAAUAUCACAUCUCUCAGUAAGAGCAUCGGCAGUGAGAGCUUGGUGGAAACCAUCUCACACAUUCCAAGUUACAGCUGUGUAUUGUCAUUUUUGGUGUGUCCUUUGACUAUAUAACCAAUACUGUCUAAAGUAAAUGCAUUUGUCUUAACUACUUGUGUCCUCAUAGGAUAAAUAACCUUACACUUAACCAGGAUGUAGUGGUUCUAGUACCUCCUCUACUGACAAAGUGAAUGUACAAUUACACAAUAAAUUUAUGGCAUUGGGUGAUAAGAAAAAAAAAGAAUAUUCUGAGUGGAUGUGACUUAUUGCUCUUGUCCAUGUUUUUCUUGGUUUGGCUCUGUAAACAAAAUCAUUUACAGCAGUGUGGAUUAUCAAAUUAAAUCCCCCUGGCCUGUGCUUUGUGAACCAAGGGUUGUGUUCCAAUUUUUUAGCAUAAGCUCAAAAUGAAGGGAGGUACUUGGAUAUAAUGUAGAAAACAAUUACUGGAGGCAUAUUAGCAACUUUGGAAUUUUAAUUGCUAAUUAAAUCACCCAGCUAAGGUUGUUCUUGAAGAUGAUUCACUUAAGUCUGAUGUAUUUUGUCAGAAUAUAAUUUGAAGGACUUAUUUGAAGGUACAUUCAAUGCACCUUUCCCAUCUUGGUGGCAAAAAGCUCAGUGACUAUAAAUAACAUGAAGAUGUAUUUUAGUCAAGGACUAAGGUUGUCUUCCAACAUAUGUUUGCAAUAAAGGUGCUUAGUUGGAACAGCUCACCUUAA